GCCACCACCCAGGGGACAGCCACCCCCAGCAGUGAGUGACAGUCUGUCCACAUGGCUGGAGACACCGGGAUGGCCAGGAAGGUGGCACUGCUCCUGUGGGCCCAGACCCUCGGCCUCGCUGGUGCCCAGACCACCCAGCUCCUGGUGGAUCCUCCCUGGAAGCCAGCAGUGCUGUGGGACCAGGUGACACUGUCCUGCCAGGGCUUGGGGACCGCCGGUGCCACCACCUGGUACCAGGAUGGGCAGCAUUGGUGGCAGGAGGGACCUGCCAACUUCACUGUCACCGCGAGUGGCACCUACACGUGUGACAGACCCAGCACCGGGCUCAGCCCCCCCAUGAGAGUCUUAAAUGGACCCCUCUCUCCCGAAGCUCGCUUGGUGCUGCAGGUGCCGGCGUGGGAGCUGCUGGAGGGGGACACAGUGACACUGCGCUGCCGGUGCUGGCGGGACAUGUUGGUCACUGAGGUGCGAUUCUACCAUGAGGACAAGGAGGUGGGGAGGUCCCUCACUGGGACCAAGCUGUCUCUGUCGCCUCUGCAGCUGAACCACAGUGGCCGCUACCGCUGUGGGGGCUGGGUGAGCUCCAACAUGUCAGCAUGGAUGCUCUCAGCGCCGGUGACAGUGACAGUGCAUGUGCCUGUGGACAUUGCCACCAUCACACCCGGUGUCCUGGAGCUGACACCGCGAGACACAGGGACACACAGGGACACAGUGGCUGCAGGGGUCAGUGGGGCCUUUUUGUUCCUGCUCCUGCUUGUGGGUAUCAUUGUGGCCUGGUACCAGUGGCACCGCCUGGAUGCCAGGAAGCACCAGGAAAGGCCCCCCUUAGACCCCCUGGCACUCCCAGUGGAGGAUCCUCACAUGAUGUACAUGGAGCUGCAAAGGCAACCAUGGGAACCCAGCGACACCUAUGACAACCUACACCAAAAGUUGUGAUGCUCUGGGAUGUGGGAGGCACUGGGUGACACUGAGGGUGCUCCCUCCAUGCCUCCUCUGGUUGCCCAGCCUUCCAAGGGAUGUGGCCAUGAGUCAGUCAGAGGCUACACAGGGCAUCUUGUGCUCCCCAUUUCCUUUCCCAGUACCCCCAAGAGCUCCCCCAUCCCUUUGCUGGUACCUGCAGAAACUCCCUAGCCCCAUCCAAGUGCCCAAGUACCCUCAGGGACUGCCCCAUUCUCUCCUCACAGUGCUUGCAGUACACCCAGUGCUUCCCCAUUCCCCCUCUCAGCACCCCAUCCCAUCCCGCUGUAAAGGGGAAGUCGGGGAGGAUUCUUGCUGAAAGGUUUCUCAUAUGAAAAUGAAACACAAAAGUGGCAAUAUUA